UCCAAUAUUUUAUACUUUAUUUACAAGUUGGCUAUUUCAACCCAUUAAUUUAUAACUUAACGAUUUAGCAACAUUCCAAAUAGAUGGCAGACACACCCGAAUCCCAGGCUGCAUUGAGCACUUCCACCUCCACGCCCGUUGAUAAGGAUGGUUCCAAGAUUUGUAUCCUUCUGAACGCCACUGGAAAUGUGCCAAUCAUCAAGAAGCGAACCUGGACCGUGGAUCCCAACAAAACAGUCAGCUGGAUCCAGAAGUUCAUCCACAAGUUCCUUAAACUUGAUGCCAGCGAGCAGAUUUUCCUCUACGUUAAUCAGACUUUUGCACCCGCCCCGGAUCAGAUAAUCAAGAACCUGUACGAGUGCCAUGGAACCAACGGCAAACUGGUGCUCUACUACUGCAAGAAUCAGGCGUGGGGCUAAAUCGAUACGCACUCGACUUUGCUAAAUCUUAAGUAUUUAUUCGACUACUGGGUAAUUUGUAUAUUAUUAAAUGUGAAUAAGCUGA